AUGGUCAUUUCGCGGCGUAUAGUGGUACUGAUCCUCGCUUGUCGUUGGUGCAACAGGAGCGAACCCUACGAUCCUUAUAUCCCCGGGGCCGGUGGCAACCCUUCGCGUAAGCUUCGAACCCUUGGCACUCCUCGGCGCCCAUCCUAAUCUCCCCUCUCACAACCAUCGAUCCAACACACGACUUUACCUCUUUCAUCAACAGACAACCCGGCAGGCACGCCCGCCGCUUCCGGAUCGUCCAAGACGGCCGCGAUCCAGGCCCAGAUCGACGAUACGGUCGGCAUCAUGCGUGAGAACAUUACCAAGGUUGCCGAACGGGGCGAACGAUUGGACGCGUUGCAGGACAAGACCGGUAGGUGCCCUCGACAUCCUCAAGGUCGUUGUCGCGAGUUGGGGAAGCUGAUUGGGGUUGGAUCGGGCUUUCGGGCGUGCAGACAACUUGGCCCAGUCCGCGCAAGGGUUCAGGAAGGGGGCCAACAGGGUCAGGAAACAAAUGGUCAGUUGCUCAGGGCAGGAGGGUCUUCGUUGGUGUUACAGAUGACUGACGUUGUGCCUUAUCAUGCUCCGUCUCAAGUGGUGGUGCGUGGGAUGCCAGAUCCAGGCCCCCGAAUGAACACCCGCUUUGACGCGUGCUGAUCACAUUUGUCUCGGGGCGCCAAUCGAAAUGCAGGAAGGACAUGAAGAUGCGUCUCUUGAUCGGUGUUGGAAUUGCCGUCCUGGUCGUCAUCAUCGUUGGUACGUCCGCGCCAGAGAGCGUGCACGCUCCUCGGAAGUGA